GUAUUGUUGAUAAUCAAUCACGAAAAAUAAGAACCGAAGAACGCGCACGACAAAAAAAAAUAAUAACACGAAAAAAAUAUAGACUAAAGAAAAUCCCCCCACCACCACGCAAACACGCACUUCCGGUUUUUAUUUUUUGGCAUCCGGUUAAAAAAUAAUUUUGAAAAGAAUUACAAAAGUUUUGCGCGAAAAUGUUGAGUAUGUAAGAAGGAUGUACUGUACGCGAAGUUAAGUUUUCGUUGUUGUUUGAGGAAGUUCGCGUCUCACAGGCAUGGCACCCGGACACGGAAAAAGGAUAAUCAGUGGUUGCGUAACCGGCGCGGCCUCCUGUGCCCAUUAAUUAGGAUCUUCGGAGCGCGAUGAUUUACAUUCGUCGUUUCAGUUACCAACUUGUUGUUUGUUCUUCGUUUUAGGCGCAGCGUUUGGGAACUCCCUUGGAAGUGGUUUUCUGUGUUCGAAAUGGUUUUCUGUGCGGAAUAAUGCGUUGCGGUUUGUGUGUGUGUGCAUGUGUGUCGUUUUCGUAUUACGCUUUUCGUUCUUUUUUCUUGUUGAGACUUCGAGCACCGUAAGAGUAGUUUCGUGUUUGUUGAUAGAGAGGAGAGCAAAGAAGCUGAGCUCUCCGAAGAAAGGGGGACUUCGGAGACAUCCUUGCUCUCUGGUGAAGAUGCAACCUCCUGCAGCAUGCUCCUGCCGGACGAGACCUACGAACAGAGUGCGGUCGCUGCAGGACACCUGCUCGCCGUCCUCCGGGUCUACGACGAUUUCCUCGCUCGACACAGGAUCCGGCCCGAGUUUUUCUGCAGAUACCGAGAGAAGGAAGCGUUACAGAAGAGGCUCAGCAAAGUAGUCGAGGCGGCGUCGAAGAGCAGCAGCCGGAGCAGCCGAAGCAGGAAUUCCAGCUCGCAAGAUGCGUCCUCCUCAAAUGAAGCCGUUCACCUGCAACAACGUUUGCGUAGCCUCAGCAGCGAGCUGGUCACGCUGCGAAAUAGGCUGCACGUGCAGGGCUCUCCCGCGACCCCGCUGAAAGGGUCGACGGGGGCGCUGGGUCCGGGUCAGCUGCAGACCCAGACUCAAACCCCGACCCAACAGCAACCUCAGCAGCAGCAGCAAUCACAGCAACAGCAGCAGCAACAUCAGGUCCAGGUGCAGAGCCCAGCCCAGCCGGUUGUUCCUCCGCGUACCGCUACGAUCGUGUCUUCGGCAGCAGCGGCGGCGGCUGCGGCGACAUCACCGCCUGUGGUCCACUCCGUGCCCGAGCCACGUGUCCAUCUGCCGACUGCCGGGGCAGAUCUCGAAGACCUCAUACAUCUCGAAGGGCCCCUCACCGAGGAUGCGGUCAUGAAGUGCCUGCAGGCACGCUUCGCCUCUUCCAGCUUCUACACGAACGUCGGCCCGAUCUUGCUUUGCGUCAACCCCUACCGCGACGUCGGAAAUCCCUUAACCUUGAGCAGCACAAGAGGUUUGGCCCUCAGUUCUCAGCUCAAUAGGGUCGUUCAGGAAGCUGUCCGCCAGCAAUCAGAAACGGGUUAUCCACAAGCCAUCAUCCUUUCCGGAACCAGCGGAUCGGGUAAAAGCCAUGCAUCCAUGCUGCUUCUUCGACAACUUUUUGCCGUAGCCGGCGGCGGCCCCGAGACCGACGCCUUCAAGCAUUUGGCCGCUGCCUUCACUGUUCUGCGGUCGCUGGGCUCGGCGAAGACCGCGACGAAUUCGGAGUCGAGCAGGAUCGGUCAAUUCAUCGAGGUUCAAGUAACGGACGGCGCUCUGUACAGGACCAAAAUACAUUGUUACUUUCUCGACCAGACGCGGGUUAUUCAACCACUGCGAGGUGAGAAGAAUUACCAUAUAUUUUAUCAAAUGCUGGCCGGACUCUCUUCGGAGGAGAGAACGAAACUGAACCUAGAUGGAUGUACUCCGUCCACAUUGAGGUAUCUUCAAAACGGCGACACCAGACAGGACAUGACCGAGGAUUCAAAUAGGUUUCAAGCGUGGAAAACUUGUUUGGGAAUUUUAGGAAUUCCAUUUUUGGACGUAGUGCGGGUUUUAGCAGCUGUCCUACUAUUAGGCAAUGUACAAUUCAUCGACGGCAAAGGCUUAGAAGUCGACGUUAAAGGUGAAACUGAAUUAAACGCGGUGGCCGGUCUCCUCGGGGUCUCUGGAGCAGCUCUCUUCAGAGGUUUAACCUAUAGAACUCACAACGCCCGAGGUCAACUAGUUAAGUCUGUUUGUGAUGCAAAUAUGUCGAAUAUGACCAGAGACUGCUUAGCGAAAGCGCUUUAUUGUAGAACCGUAGCUACCAUAGUGAGGAGAGCUAACAGUCUGAAGAGGCUAGGUUCAACCUUAGGAACUUUGAGUUCGGAUUCCAACGAGUCCGUGCAUAACCAAGCAGAAGUUACAAGCCAGCACGCUUCAACCAUAGGCGGCACAAACGCCGGAAGCAAAUCUAUGGCCGCUCUGAACAACGCCGUCCGUCACGCCACGGACGGUUUCAUUGGGAUUUUAGACAUGUUCGGAUUCGAAGAUCCUAAGCCGAGUCAGCUGGAGCAUUUGUGUAUCAACCUGUGCGCUGAAACGAUGCAGCACUUCUAUAACACACACAUCUUUAAAUCCAGCAUAGAAUCUUGCCGAGAUGAAGGUAUUAAUUGCGAAGUCGAGGUGGAUUAUGUAGAUAACGUGCCGUGCAUCGACUUGAUAUCAUCUCUGCGCACCGGAUUGCUCAGUAUGCUAGACGUGGAAUGUUCGAUCAGAGGCACGGCCGAGUCUUACGUUGCUAAAAUCAAAGUUCAGCAUAAGCACAAUAUGCGUCUGUUCGAUCCGAAACCUUUAGAGCCGCGCCUCUUCGGAAUCCAACAUUUUGCUGGGCGGGUCGUAUAUGACGCCUCGGACUUUUUGGACACCAACAAAGACGUAGUUCCCGAUGACCUGGUGGCCGUGUUCUACAAGCACAGCUGCAACUUCGGCUUCGCAACUCAUCUCUUCGGCAGCGAGCUAAAAGCCCUGUACUCCGUUGAGAAUGUCCCCCGAGGAGUGAGCUUCAGGAUUUCGCCAACAUCGCAUACGGAUUUGCUGAACGGUGACGAGCCGGUCUCAACGCUGACGCAAGAUUUUCACACACGACUCGAUAAUUUAUUAAGAACUUUGGUUCACGCGAGGCCUCAUUUCGUGAGGUGCAUUCGCAGUAACUCUCAAGAGACUCCGAACCGAUUCGAUCGCGGAACAGUCGUGCGCCAAAUUCGGUCCCUCCAGGUCUUGGAAACUGUUAAUCUGAUGGCGGGCGGCUAUCCGCACAGAAUGAGAUUCAAAGCCUUCAACGCCCGCUACAGACUCUUGGCUCCCUUCGCCCGGUUGCAUCGUACCGAAGAAAAGGUCACGGAUGAUUGCCAUUUGAUCCUCCAGCACGUCGUCGACCUCAUAUCGAAGCAACACAAUCCAGCCGUUUCCAUGAGUUGGGCCUUGGGCAAGAGGCACAUAUUUCUGAGCGAAGGCAUUCGCCAGCAUUUAGAGAACCUCAGAACGGAGACCAGGCAAAAGUCGGCAACGUUAAUUCAAGCCACCUGGAGAGGGUGGAGAUGUCGUUACCGAUGGGCCAACAUACGCAGAGAGAAGGUGCAGCAAACUAUUAACCGUACGAAUGCGAGCGGUGCUCGUCCCCGUCCUCAACCAAUUGCAGGAACGCCUCCCCCUGAUCCAACGGAAAAAUGCGACCAAAAGAUAAUACAACAGACGUGCAAUUUGUUUGGAUUAGAUUUGGAGAGGCCACCCCCAGUUCCUCCCAGUCGCUCGUACACGGUGGCAGGAAAUACCAAGUUAGGUUACCCGCAAACAAGAAUGAUGAAAAUGUCUUUCCCUGAAGAUGUUAACUCAGAUGGACCUGUCCUCAUCAAAGGCGAAACCGUGCUAGUUGUCGGCGCCUCGCACAGACGAGGCCAUCUUGUUGUCGAACAUAAACAUUGUACACUGCACGUGCCUUUCCAGUUCCUCGAACUGAAACAAAGUGUAAACAUUUAAUCUUGCCAAAACCUUGAAUUCUGUAUAUAGCUUCCCUUCAACUUCAACCUAAAACCUAUUUGGUUGAAUACACGUAGAUGAAUUAUUUAUAUUUUAUUCGCUUCAGUUUAUAUUUAUAAGAGAAGAAAAUCGACUGCCAUAACCGAUUUUAAGAAAAAGUUCUAUUAUUUUAUAUUUAUAUAAUAUAUUUAAAUCAGAUUCCCCAUUCAAUGAUGAAACACUAGAUUAUUAUAAUUAUCUUGUACAAACUCGUUUUAAGUUUAAGUUUUAAAUUUCUAAAAAAAAGAAUAAUAAGAAUAAACAUCGAGAAUCAAAUC